AUGACCGAUACUAGUACCAUUAACAAUGCUACCAUUACCUCUUUAUUAGAUACUGACAUGUAUAAAUUGACUAUGCAUGCUGCGGUAUUUAUGAAUUUUCCAGAGGCAAAUGUGGUAUACAGAUAUACAAAUAGAUCUUCUCAAAUGAAAUUUAACGCUAAAGCUAUUGAAUGGCUGACAACACAAUUUAAAGCAUUGGCUAAUCUAAAAUUUACUCAUGAUGAAAUACAAUAUUUGAGAAACGAAAUCCCAUUUUUACCAGAACGUUAUUUAGAAUUUAUUGCAAGCGAUGAUUUUCAAUUAAAUCCUGAUGAACAGAUUGAAUUCUCUACAAGCAUUUCAACUGAAAAUCCUGAAUUAUAUGAUUUAAAUAUUUUAAUUAAAGGUUUAUGGAGAGAUACAAUUCUUUAUGAAAUUCCAAUAUUAGCCUUGGUAUCAGAGGCCUACUUUAAAUUUGUCGAAACUGAUUGGUCUUAUGAUGGUCAAAUCGACUUGGCAAAAAAGAAGGCAAUCGAAUUAUUAGAAAACAACGUUGCAUUUAGCGAAUUUGGUACUAGACGUAGAAGAUCUCUAAAAACACAAGAUUUGGUCAUGCAAGGUAUCAUGGAUGCUGUUAAAAUAAAUGGAAAAUAUAGAAAAACAUUUAUUGGCACGUCAAAUGUCUUAUUUGCUAAAAAAUACAAUGUUAAACCAAUAGGUACUGUAGCCCAUGAAUGGGUCAUGGGUAUUGCAUCAAUAACUGGUGAUUAUAUCAAUGCUAAUAAGAAUGCAAUGGAUUAUUGGAUUAAUACAUUUGGUGCAGAACAUGCUGGCUUAGCAUUAACGGACACUUUUGGUACUGACGAUUUCUUGAAAUCAUUUAAACCCCCAUACUCAGAUGCAUACAUUGGUGUCAGACAAGAUUCUGGUGAUCCAAUUAAAUAUACAGAAAAAGUUUCUCAUCAUUUUAAUGAAGUGUUGAAUUUACCUAAAUUCACAAAGGUCAUUUGCUACUCUGAUUCUUUAAAUGUUGAAAAGGCUAUACAAUAUGCAGAAUUUGCAAAGGAAAAAGGCCUAAUUGCUACUUUUGGUAUUGGAACAAAUCUGAGUAAUGACUUCCAGAAGAAAUCAGAUCCAUCUGUUAAAAGUGAACCAUUAAAUAUCGUCAUUAAAUUAUUGGAAGUUAAUGGAAAUCAUGCUAUAAAAAUCUCAGAUAAUUUAGGUAAAAAUAUGGGUGAUCCUGCAACAGUGAGAAAAGUCAAAGAAGAGCUAGGAUAUGUUGAACGUAAUUGGCAGGGGGAUAAUGAAGCACAUAGAUGGGCUGUUUAA